AUGUCCCCAAAUGGUCCUAGAAGGGUUAUAAUAGAAGAGAUUGAAGAUGAGGAACCACCUCUGCCCGUAUCCCCUACUGUAGGGUUGACCUUGGCAAGGUAUGGGUUUUUCACACCUGAGUUGAGUAGGGGUAGAGGUUGGAAACCUACCCAAGGUAGCUCAUCAUGUAGUAAAAAGCUUUGCUUAGAUUGGGUAGACAAAGGAGGAAUAAGUGUUGUUGAAGGUGAUCAAGUUGACCUUGUGACUACUAAUGUUGAUGUAGAUAUGGUUGAAAAAUUAGUGAAUGAAGAUGUAGAGGAGGGGCAACCUAUUGCAAAUAAGGGUGUAGAGGAGGGGUGUACUGCUAUGAAUAAGCAACAACAAUCAAAUGAAGUCCCUUUUGAAGACAACUAUAGUGUAGAAGAGGAAAUUUUGGAAGAUUUUUACCCUUUCUAUGGGGUUGAAUUUAAUGAAAGUAUUCCGAAAAAACCAUCCAACAUGGUUGAUGUAGAUGCAAGUAAUGAUGAUGAUUCAGAUAGCAGUGAAGACAACAGUGAAGAUAAUGACUUUAUGGUUGAUGAAGAUAACCUAAUUCCAGAUAUUGAAGUAGACAUGGAGAAUUUUUACAUGAGUAUAGACACAAAUGCAGAGUACUUAGGGAGUGUGUAUAAGUUUCAUGAGGGUAAUGAUGUUCAAGAGGAAGUAGAGGAUAUAGAGGUUAUUAACAAUGAUGAAUGGGAUUCUAUGGGUGAAGACUCAGAUAAUGAUAGGAAAAGAAGGCAGAUCAUCAAACAGUUAGGCAAGGAGAGAGUGUGUUCUCAUGGUGAAGUGCACAAGGUGGCCUUCCAUGUAGGACAAAAAUAUAAAUCAAAAAAAGAACUAAAGGAAAAAUUGAUAGGCAUGCAAUGGAGACUAGAAGAAAUAUUUGUUUUACAAAAAAUGACAUACAUAGCUUGA